CUUUCUCACAAGUUGGCAGUUCCAUUCCAAUUGUUGUAAAAACCUAGCUAAAAUUUCAGUUUUGCGAACAUUCCGCCUACUUAAAUCAACAAAUUUCAGAUUGCGAAACGCGUAAAAAGUGCGAAGGAAAUGCUCUAAGAUCAAGGUCACCGGCGAAGGUCACCAACGACAGCUAGGGCAACCACAAAAGUGGGCCACGGGGCUAAUUCGAUUGUCUGUCUCUCCAGGAACAACUUGUCUCCAGCGAUAACUCGAAGGUCAUCAAAGUGUCUGCCUACGAAAGCAUGGACUUACAGCAUAUGGAGAAUGGUCUAAGCGGCGGGGGAGGAGGUGGCCUAAGCGAAAUAGAUUUCCAAAGGCUGGCCCAGAUUAUAGCCACCAGCAUCCAGAAGGUGCAGCAGAAUGUGUCCACGAUGCAGCGCAUGGUCAAUCAACUGAACACGCCCCAAGAUUCUCCGGAGCUCAAGAAGCAGCUCCACCAAAUAAUGACCUACACCAACCAGCUGGUGACCGACACAAACAAUCAAAUCAACGAGGUGGACAAGUGCAAGGAGCGCCACCUGAAGAUCCAGCGGGAUAGGCUCGUGGACGAGUUCACGGCGGCACUGACCGCCUUCCAGUCUGUUCAGCGCAAGACGGCGGACAUAGAGAAGACGGCGUUGCGGCAGGCGCGCGGAGAUAGCUACAACAUCGCCCGUCCACCCGGCUCAUCGCGUACCGGCAGCUCCAACAGUAGCGCCAGCCAGCAGGACAACAACUCCUUCUUCGAGGACAACUUCUUCAAUCGCAAAUCAAACCAGCAACAGAUGCAGACUCAGAUGGAGGAGCAGGCGGACCUGCAGGCCCUCGAGGAACAGGAGCAGGUCAUACGGGAGUUGGAGAACAACAUCGUGGGCGUGAACGAGAUAUACAAGAAGCUUGGCGCCCUGGUCUACGAGCAGGGACUGACGGUGGACUCCAUCGAGUCGCAGGUGGAACAGACUAGCAUUUUUGUCUCGCAGGGCACGGAAAAUCUGCGCAAGGCGAGCUCUUACAGGAACAAAGUGCGCAAGAAGAAGCUUAUUUUGGUGGGCAUCCUGAGCGCCGUGCUGCUGGCCAUCAUCUUGAUACUCGUUUUUCAGUUCAAGAAUUAGAGCCUUCCGGCAUCUCCGAAUGAUUCAAACCAAACUAGUAAAUUGUUGUGAAAAGACAAGAGUUGCCGCAUGCAGGCCCCUAAACCCCGUAAUUCCCCACCCAAUCCUUUGGACCUUAGGCGAGAUUAUGGCUUUAAUCCUUAAUCCAACUUCCAAUACUGGCUGAAAUCGAAAACUGCGACUCGUAGACGAAGAUAUAGUGUUUUGAGGAGUAUUCACCGGCACGUGCAUCUGUUAUAUUUGCUUUAAAAACAAUUUUAUAUUUUAUGUGUACUACUUUUAUUAUUACGCACCCUGUAUAUUGAUUAUUAGUAUUGAUUAACAACUGUUGGCUUCAAAUUCUAAUUAUGUUCCGAAACUCAUUCGCCAGCGCUUUGUAUUGUAUUGUAUUGUAUUUAGAGUUAAGAGGCAGAGGAAGCCAUAUAUGCGAUGGCAUACACACAUGUACGAAAAAUGAAAUAAUAAACAUGAAAAUCG